AUGGUAAUUCAAAGGUUUACAUAUCUGGAUGAAAACAAAAACAUCCAGUCAAAAAUCUCAGUGCUUUCAAACACCCAGAAAUUAGACGUCACCCGGAUACAGCUUAGCACCUUAGGUUUCUUUCCCCAUUUGACAAAAAUGCCACAGAAGGUAAGCACAGUGCCACGUGUUUUGAGCGAGGAAACGGGGCUGAAGGGAGCGCAGCGCCUGUCCGCGCAGCCCCACGCUGCUCCCACGGGCUGUGUCCACGCAGCGGCCCUGAACCUCCUGAACCCCCUGAACCUCCUGAACCUCCUGAACCCCCUGAACCUCCUGAACCUUCUGAACCCCCUGAACCCCCUGAAACUCCUGAACCUCCUGAACCCCCUGAAUCUCCUGAACCUCCUGAACCUUCUGAACCCCCUGAACCCCCUGCACCUCCUGAACCUCCUGAACCCCCUGAACCUCCUGCAGGUUUAUCUGAGAGUGAGCAGAGUGGAGCGCGAGAAGAACCAGGAGCUGAGGCAGGUGCGCGAGCACGAGCAGCACAAGAACGCGGUGCUGGUGACCGAGCUCAAGAGCAAGCUGCACGAGGAGAAGAUGAAGGAGCUGCAGGCCUUGCGCGAGGCGCUGCUGCGGCAGCACGAGGCCGAGCUGCUGCGCGUCAUCAAGAUCAAGGACAACGAGAACCAGCGGCUGCAGGCGCUGCUGACGGCGCUGCGCGACGGCGCGCCCGACAAGGUCAAGACCGUGCUGCUGUCCGAGGCCAAGGAGGAGGCCAAGAGGGGCUUCGAGGUGGAGAAGGUCAGGAUGCAGCAGGAGAUCUCCGAGCUCAAGGGUGCCAAGAGGCAGGUGGAGGAGGCGCUGACCAUGGCCAUCCAGGCCGACAAGGUCAAGGCUGCCGAGAUGCGCAGCGUGUACCACCUGCACCAGGAGGAGAUCAGCCGCAUCAAGAGGGAAUGCGAGACUGACUGGAGAAGGACAAUGGAGGAGAUAAAAUUUAAAGACAGAGCAGUCUUCGUGCUGGAGAGAGAGUUAGGGGUUCAAGCCGGGCAUGCUCAGAGACUGCAGCUCCAAAAAGAGGCUCUAGAUGAGCAGCUUUCUCAGGUCAAAGAGGCUGAUCGGCACCUGGGCAGCCCCAGACGGGAACUUCCUUAUGCAAGCGGUGCAGGAGACGCCUCAGACCACUCGGGAAGCCCUGAACAGCAGUUGGAUGAAAAGGAUGCCCGCCGCUUCCAACUUAAAAUUGCAGAGUUGAGCGCGAUCAUUCGUAAGCUGGAGGACCGCAACGCCCUGCUGUCGGAAGAACGGAACGAGCUGUUAAAGCGUCUAAGAGAAGCUGAAAGUCAGUACAAGCCAUUGCUGGAUAAAAACAAACGCCUUACUCGGAAAAAUGAAGAGCUGUCUCACACUCUGCGUCGGAUGGAGAACAAGUUGAAAUUCGUCACCCAGGAAAAUGCUGAGUUGAAACAGAGAGCCGGAAUCAUACGGAGACCCAGUUCCUUAAAUGAUCUUGAUCAAAGUCAAGAUGAAAGGGAAAUUGACUUCUUGAAGCUUCAGAUUGUCGAGCAGCAGAGUCUCAUAGACGAGCUUUCUAAGACUCUGGAAACUGCCGGCUACGUGAAGAGCGUCUUAAAGCCGGUUGUUGUGGAGACGUUCUUUGGAUACGAUGAAGAAGCUUCCCUGGAAUCCGACGGUUCCUCCAUCUCUUAUCAAACAGACAGGACCGACCAGACCCCGUGCACCCCAGACGAUGACUUGGAAGAGGGCAUGGCCAAGGAGGAGACGGAGCUGAGGUUCCGGCAGCUGACCAUGGAGUACCAGGCCCUGCAGCGUGCCUACGCCUUGCUGCAGGAGCAGGUCGGAGGGACGCUGGAUGCAGAGCGAGAAGUUAAGACCCGCGAGCAGCUACAAGCAGAAGUACAGAGAGCCCAGACGCAGAUACAGGACCUGGAGAAGGCGCUGGCUGAGCAGGGGCAGGAUAUGAAGUGGAUUGAGGAGAAGCAAGCGCUGUAUCGAAGAAACCAGGAGCUUGUGGAAAAGAUUAAACAAAUGGAGACAGAAGAGGCUCGGUUAAAACACGAAGUCCAGGAUGCUAAGGACCAGAACGAGCUGCUGGAGUUCAGGAUCCUGGAGCUGGAGGAGAGGGAGAGGAAGUCGCCCGCCAUCAACUUCCACCACACGCCCUUCGUGGACGGCAAGAGCCCGCUCCAGGUGUACUGCGAGGCUGAAGGCGUGACGGACAUCCAGGUCCCGGAGCUGAUGAAGAAGCUGGACAUCCUGGGAGACAACGCCAAUCUGACCAAUGAGGAGCAAGUGAUUGUCAUUCAAGCCAGGACAGUCCUGACCUUGGCCGAAAAGUGGCUCCAGCAGAUCGAAGAGACGGAGUUGGCACUGCAGCGGAAGAUGGCAGAUCUGGAGAGCGAGAAGGAGCUGUUCAGUAAACAGAAGGGCUACCUGGAUGAGGAGCUGGACUACAGAAAGCAGUCCUUGGACCAAGCCCACAAGCACAUCCUGGAGCUGGAAGCCAUGCUGUACGACGCCCUGCAGCAGGAGGCAGGGGCCAAAGUAGCCCAGCUGCUGUCAGAGGAGGAGCGCGAGAAGCUCAAGGUGGCCGUGGAGCAGUGGAAGCGCCAGGUCAUGAGUGAGCUGCGUGAGCGGGAUGCCCAGAUCCUGCGGGAGCGCAUGGAGCUUCUGCAGCUGGCACAGCAGAGAAUUAAAGAAUUAGAAGAAAGAAUAGAAGCUCAGAAGAGACAAAUAAAAGAACUGGAGGAAAAGUUUUUAUUUUUGUUCUUAUUUUUCUCCUUAGCUUUCAUUCUCUGGUCAUAG